GGCCCAGCUGUCAUGGAUACAUUUUCCCGCCAACGGUUAAUGGCGUUGUGCCGCCUAGUGGGGAGUGGGGAGUUUAAGUAUCAUCAAACCCCGCCAUACUCGCCGCCUGACAAGAGGGGGUAUAUCCGAGAGAGGCAAGAGGAGAUCUCCCGGCGUCCCAAGGCGGCCUGUCAAGCCGGCGUCGGCGUGCUCGACUCAGUCGCAUUCUGGCAUUCGAGUAGUUUUCACUGAGCGUCAAUCGUGCAAAUAUUUCCAUUUCCCCAUUCAUCGGCGUCACCCCAGUGGCAUCUCCAACUCAAUUAUUCAUCGAUCCAGGAAGACACCAAUGAAACAAAUUAAUAACGUCACAAAUAAACGUUAAAAAAAAAAGGGCGCCACAACGUCAAAUGGAGGCAAGCGGGUACGACGCCGACGUCCCGCGUACAAAUCGCAACGUGCUCGAGUCAGUGUCACUAGUCUCCAACUAAUAACGAUCUCCCCAUUACCAUUAACAUGUGCUCAUUAACCUGCGUCAAUUAAUUUAUCAACGAUCGCGUGAUUUUACAGUGAAUAUAUCAAAUUAUUGAUCGAGUGACAAGUGCACGUGAGUCGCCAGUCGUUGUUUGUUAAUUGAUUAAUCAAUUGAUCAAGACGAAAACUGAUUGAUUCAACUGAACGUGUCGUGAGUGACAGUGAAGUGAAUAAAGGACAAAAUGCUUCCGCCAGCGGCAUUGCACAUGGAUCAGAGGAUAAACGGUGAUAGGACAGGUAUGCAGCAACAUCAUUCACACCAUCAUCAUCAUUCCCAUCACUUGGAUCAUCGUCGUGGACAGAAUGAGGGCAGGGACUCGAGAUUUCACAGGCCGGCAGUACUGUCGCCAGGAAGAGAGCGUUUUCCAUCAUCAAGCAGUACAGAUGACGAUCAGAGUGGCUCUGACGUUGAACACGAUACCUCUGCAAUUCGUGGCAAGCCCCACUCUGGUAUUUUACAUUCGGGUAAUCACUCGGUGAGGAAGCGUCGUGGUAAUUUACCAAAGCAUUCAGUCAAGAUAUUGAAGAGAUGGUUGUAUGAGCACAGAUACAAUGCAUAUCCCAGUGACAGUGAAAAACUUACACUCAGUCAAGAGGCCAAUCUCACUGUACUUCAGGUAUGCAACUGGUUUAUAAAUGCAAGACGUCGUAUCCUCCCGGAAAUGAUUCGGCGAGAAGGGCACGAUCCUUUGCAGUACACAAUUUCACGAAGGGGCAAGAAAAUGCCCGGUGGAAGCCACCAACAGGCGUCAGGACUAAGCCCAACUGCCAAUCAAGAUUGGGAUUCACUUGCCACGAAUGUACCUGCCAAACGGCGCAGGGAUCACGAUUAUGAGGAUCAUGUCAUGUAUAGGAGUGAAGAAGACAGUCCAAAUGAUUAUGAGAGCAGUUCUCACAGUGAGGAGGAGCGACCCUCAGCACAGUGGCCAAGUGUCAUUGUUUACCCAUUUUCCGAGACUAAAGUCGAGCCAUCGAAUGAGCUAAGUUAUGGCGAAGCACUAAAUCAUCCAGCCCGACGAGGGGAGGAAGACAAUACAUCAGUACCAGAGGCUGCCUACUGGAGUGCACCACGCCAGCAUUUAUCAUCAACCCCAGAAGUUAAACACGAGGCUGAGGUUUACAGUAACCACAAUAGUCACACCCACAACGAUGAAACACCACCGCCAACACCACCCGAAGAGGACAAGGACAAGUUUAAGUGUCUUUAUCUGCUAGUGGAGGCGGCGGUUGCCGUCCGACAGCAGGAGAAGGAACGUGAGGCCACUGUAACCGUUUAACAUAACAUUUAUAUCGUCGAAAGAGAGAAGUGAAAUCAACUAUUGAAGCCAUGAAUCCCGUUGUACCUCGGACUUUGGUGUCUAGAGUCAUUCGAAAUUGUUGGGAAUAUUUUUGGUGGUUAUAUUCAUCUAUUUUACGAUGUGGAGGAAUUUUCUUUGACUUCUCUCGAGGUCUCGAUGUUGCUAUUCAGUGAAUAUUACGUUUGUGGAAGAUAUCGUUCAACUCUUUCAUUCAAUAUUUUUUUUUUAUCUGAUCGAGUUAUCAGGAGUAGUUUGACGUUAUCGCUAGAACAGUUUAUCUGUUUGUGGUUGUUAAGAGAGAAUCUGAGAGUUUUUUUUCCAGAGUGUCUGGGAAAAUUGAGAGGUAAUUGAUGGAGGGAAAUUUUUGCAUUAUUGGGGAUGUCUGUGUAUGUUAAUUGAAACAAUGUGGUUCUUAUAUUGAUAAGAAAAAAACCGACAGUUUAGCAGGUAUUCAAAUUCUUGUUCAAGUGAUAUGUGGAAUUUUCUUACGAACGUUUUAGGAUAAAAUCAGAUUUGUUUCGGAAAUCUGGAAAUUUCGGAGGGAAAGUACUUUGAAAUUUUCUACUCGUUAGCCACAUAACUGCAUAACUGCGGAGAAUUUCGCACAUUUGGGGAUUUUCUGGUUAGCAGAGGUAUUUGUCGAAGAAUCUUGAGAAAAAAUAGUUGACGGAUGGUUUUUGUGAAUUGUGCAAUCCACAAACAUCUUCCGACACAUCAAGAAAAAAGAUCGAUUUACCUUCAAAAAGCAUUAGAAAUUAAACGUUUCCGAUAUCUUCAUAUUUUGGUACUUAACAAGAAUAAAACAUUGAAAUUAUGUCCUUUCUGGAAUGCAAAUUAGAAGGCAGCGUUUCUCAUCUGUCAAAAUUAAAAUUUAUCGAUUGCUCAACAAUUUUUUGUGAAAUAGUCUAAAAAUGAAGACAAAUCUGAAAAUUUCUAUUUAAAUCAUUUUUUCACCUCUCGAUUUUCUCAACAGAAACUAUUCCAUCUCCAAAAAUGGAGUUAAACCAUCCAGAUUCUUCAUUUUGCAAUUCAAGUAAUGAAUUUGCAUUGAAAAACCACGAACAAAUUAGGUGUCAAAUUCCCAACAUUUCGAUAGAAAUAUGUGCCUUUGUGAGCGUCAAUUACGAAACUAAAAUUGGUAGAAAAUUUCCAACCGCAGUUGAAUAACUUGGAGUAAUUAUCAAAAUGCUAACAACGAUCAGUCAGUUUCAGCUCUCUGGAGCCUUUUGCCCUCCAGUUAAAUUUCAACACAACUUUCUAUGAAUAAAAAUGUUACUGUGACUAUACAGACAAUUGUGACAAUUAUACGUAAUUCGGUUAUUUAGUGCGUAGUUAUUCAGAUACUUGUAAUAAAAAAACUGAACUAGGAACACUCCGGUUUAUUUCUACCAUGAAAUCACCACAACCGAACGUUUACGCAGGAUUCCAAUGAAUUAAAAAUUUUCACAAUGCCAUAUUAAUAAUUUUUCAUGUUGUCGGUGGAAGCAAGUUCAAAGUACGCCAAAGCGACGUACUUUAAUCGUAUUUGACUGUUCCAAUUCAAUACAUUUUCGUUUUUAAGAAUCGUCAAUAUUUCCAAAUUUUCCGCCUCAACAUUACUCUUCCAUACGACUAGCAACUUGAGUUAAAAAAUAUUUCAGUGCCACUAUUAUUGUUCUGGUGAAUUGUAAAGGCUUGUAGAGCUUCCAACGAUUUUUUCCGGAAAAAUUUCAUUUCGAAAAACAUUUUUUGCCACCAUUUAUUAGUACAAUAAAUUCCCAGCUAUCUCAAAGAUUUAGAUGAGUCUAUUCAUCCAAUUUCACAAUUUUGAUAUGUAGAAAAUAGUCCUGAAUCUCUUGAGGAACGAAUCACAAUUUAUCGGCCCUCAGACGAAACAUGCUCAAAUUAAAAUUCUUCUUUUCCUUCCCUCCCUCAUCUCCAUUUACCUUUAUUUUUAGUGAACAAAAGAAAAUCAUUUAUUCACGUUUGAAAUUUUCUGCUGCUUCCCAUUGAGCUAAUGACAAAUUACCAGAAUACAAAGAAUCCCUUCGAUACCACUUCGCCCUGAGAAUUCACGUGAGAAACAAAUCAAAAUAGAAAAACGAAUGCAAAAAAUAUACUGUUAUCCGUUAUCAAAAAUAUAUAUCAUGGAAAGAUUGGUACAAAUGCCAAAGACUUACUUAACUAAUAGUAAUUAACUAAUUAAUUUUUGCGAAUUCAGUUGAUCGAUUGAUUAUUAAUUUCGUGAGAGUGAAAGAGCAUUAACAUGAGUGUGAUUAGUGAGUGACUGUUAAAAAACAAAAACCACUCCUUUUUAAAAAUAAAUAGACAUUGAAAAAGAAUAAUUUUUUGUUUUGCAAACACGAAAAAAAUCAAAAUAGAGCAAUUGAUACGAAAAAUUGAAAAAUGUACAAAUUAAUCAUUCAAAUUAUUUUAUUUACUUCUUAUAUCAGUCUUCGUGGUCGUAGAAUAGUUCCAUGUAGCAUUAAAAAUUUAUCUUCAAUUUUUUAAGGAGCAAAUUGCUCAAUCGAAAUUUGCAUUUGCCAUUGAAAAUGCAGUCGAUAAAUGAUAAAUCGAUAAAAACUAAUCGAACACAUCAAUUUAUCGUUUAUUAAUGUUCGAGUAAUGAUAGAUCAUCAUGACUCUGGUGUCGUAUACUUAAAAUUAAAAUAAUUGACCUCAAUAAUUACCAUCAUAAUUAAUAAAAGGCAAACCAAUAAAUAAAAACGCUCAGAAAAGAUUGAAAACAACAAAAUGACUAAUUAACAUUAGUUCUUGAUACGUUUUUAACAAGAGUGACGGAUAUUUUCGUAAUAAACAAUUAAUAAUCAAUAGGAACGAUGAUAAAGUCAUCUCGGAUGUUGAUGUUAUUACUGGACAAUUUUAACGUUAAAAAAGAACAAUGUUGUUAACUAUUUCAAUAAACGGAGAGAACGUGAUUGGGAGUCUCAUAGGUACGACGAAUAGUGUAUAAUAGUGCAAAAUGUGCGAGUUCUUAGAGUUUUAAAACGUUUGUACAAAAUUGAAAAUGAGUAGAUGAAUGGGGAAAUUUAUCCAUGAAUAAUUGAUGUAUUGAAGUGACCAAGUCUUUGUUAAUUACCACCAUACAGCUGUAACGUUAUUCUACGUUAAAGUGUCGCGUUAAACUUAAUAUAUUCAUUCGACGAAAUGAAUUGCAAUUGAUGAACGGGGUAUUUUGUUAAUUAUCCCGACAAUUUUUUUUCUCGUGACUCAUUAGUCAGAGAACUGUAGGAUUAACAAAAAAUUCAUUUCACUUUUCCACGAUUCCCCUUUCAAAUACAGCUGUUGUAAUUAACAAUGGGAUUAAUCACGUUGGUACAUAAUUAUUCCGAAGAAACAACCAGUUGUCACUGCCGCUUGAGCGUUCAAAGUGUCUUAAUUAAAAUUAAUCUCCAAUAUAUCGAAGAAAAUAAAAAAUGAAAUUCGUAUUAGAGUUCAAUGGAUGACGAACUCAAUAGAAAGUGGCGUAUUAACUCGAGAAUUCGAUGUUCUUGUAUUCGUAACGAGAUAAAUAUUAAGAAAGCUAUAAAUAGAUUAAGAAUAUGCGUAUAAGGGUGCCUUUGUUUACAGUUUGUUUAUAAUUUGUUUAUAGUUCUUCCACAAAAGAAACGAAUAAUAAGAAGCAAAUUUUCAAUUUCUCAGAUGAAUGAUAAUGUGAAUUGAGUGAUUUACCAAGAGAAAUUAUUUGUUAAAAAUAACUUUUCAUUUUUGUUUAAUGUAAAAUUCAUUACGAGCGUUAGAAUUAUUUGGUAAAUCAUUGAUAAAUAAGUUUUAAGUAUUUUUUAAGCGAUAAUGAUAGCUGCUAUGGAAUAAAGACGAUUAAAAUGCUCUUCCUGAAUUAUUGAGAGACUAAAGUGAAUCAAUUUAUCAAUGCAAUUUAUCCAGUUACAUUUAUUAAUGCAAAUUUUGUUUUUUUGAAAGAAUAAUGGUGAGAGGAAGGGGACAUUGGUGUUGAACUACUUGUUUAAUGGAUUUUUUAUACCGUGAAAUUUUAUCAAACAUAGCGAGUGAUGGAGUUGAUUUUUCGAUGAGAAAUUUAAGCACAAUGGCGGUUUUCCAAGGGAUAAUUGGGGAGUGAUGUAUAGGACAUGAUUCCAGGUACUUCAUUUAUCAUUCUGUCAGUAUCUUGAAAAAUAGUGGCCUCAGGGAAAAUAAUCUUGACAUUUCUUUCGUUAAUCCACUAGUUUCUGAGAUACUCUUGUAAAAAAUAAAAUCAGCAAUUUGGAGUUAUAAUCUCUCAUCAUCAUCACUUGGAUCGAACCAAACGCAACAAGUAGAGACGCCUGAUUUUAUAAUCUGCGUCUGGACAUAAGUAAAAACUGCACUCAAAUACGAAUAAACUUACUAGUUCAUAGAGCUAUAGCAGGAUUCAAUUCUCAACGACAUAUUCAUGCAUAGACAAUAAUUCACACGUACGAUUAAAAUCUCUUUUUUUAGUUUUACUACGUAAUGUACAGGUGCCAUAAGUUAACGUACGAUUAUAAUUUGGCCAUUAUUAUCAACAUGAUUGGGUAAUCAUAACAGCGGUAAUGAUGUAAUCCAUAAGCAACUGUUUUUUGUUUCUUCUUUUAUUAUUUUUCUCUAUUUUUAUGGAAAAGAAAUUGUUGCGUCGAGCAGCACAUGAUUUAAAGGCUUUUUCAAUUCUUCGCAAGAUUGAUUAUUGCGGGACGAUGAGGAUUAGACGGACAAGGGUUAUCUUUAAAUCAUGGAAAUGCUGGUUAUUAACGUAAUCUAAGAGUAAUGGUAUUAUACUUCAUUAUUAUUCGAUUCGCAGACCUACAAUAAAGCAUGUUGUGAAUUUUA